AUGCAAAUGACGGCCGAGACGAGCGACGACGAUGCGCUCGAGGCAUUUCUGCGCGACGACGGAGUCCCGUCGCCCAACCUCUCGACCGACCACGAUGCGAUUUCGGACCUCGCGUCCAUCGCCGUCGUUAUUCCGUCGUACGUCGAUCACUUUGACGUGCUCGUACCGGCCGCCGAGGUCGUUGUCGGCAGCGUCUCGCCCGAGACGCUCGCGGCGCAGGAGGCCGAGCUCGAAGCCGCGCGGCUCGCGCAGGCGCAAGCGGAUGCUAGCGCGUACAUUGCCCGCGAGAGUCUCCUCGCGUACAAGGAAAAGCAGACCAAAAAGCGGCUGGAAGCGCAGGCACAAGCGCACAAAACCAACUUGGCCAAGCGCGAGCUGCAGAGCCUGCGCGUCGUGGAGCUUCAGUCCAAGAAGCUCACCCAAGUCUUCCAGCACGCCGAGAGCCACAUGAAGAACGUCCUUGGACAGCAGCAAGCACAUGUCCGAGACACGUACGGCGACGCGACGGCCCGCACUCCGAUUCAAACGCGCCGGUACCGCGCCGAGUGGGCCAAGAUCCCGCAGCCCGUCGAGCUCCACUUGCACAUGCUUCGCGCGCCAAAGGACAAAUUGCCCCAAGGCCACUAUGUGCUUUUAGCAACGCUCUACGACCGCCUCGGGGGCAACCCGAUCUCGUGGGGUGUGGCGGGCGAGCGCGGCAUUGGUCGCGACUACCCUGGCAUCACCCGGCCGAUCUUUCACCGCGGCCACUUUUACAAUACAGAACUGAGUCUCGACCAGAGCAUUUUCUGCGUCUGCCCGUCCGAGCUCGAUUUGCGCCCGGCCAAUGUCGUAAUCCUCGAGCUCUACUUGCUCAGCGGCGCCAGCGCCAUGCACGACACAGUCGUUGGUUGGGCCGCGCUGCCCGCGUGCACGACCGACUUUACCAUCCUUGAAGGCCGCUUCAAGGUUCCGAUGCUGCGCGGCGACAUUGACCACACAAUCACCAAGUACCACGACAUUGAGCGCAUGUAUACAAUGGAUCUCGGCGCUUGGCUCUGCAACGUGUACCUCACGGCCAAGCACUUGCCCCGGGAGCGGCUCGACGACGCUGGCGUCCUCCAGCGCGAGUACGACGUCGAGGUUGACUUCAUGAACCAGCUUCUCAAGCUCGAAACUACCGACCGCGCGCUGCUCCACAAGGAGGAAUACGCGGCAGCCAUGGGCGGUGGCGUCGUCCAGACCAAGCCAAAGUCGCAGCACUUAGCCGACCAUGUGUCCUGGGGCCACGCCGCGGCCGAGCUCCAGAGCGCACGGCACCGCAAGCCAAAGGCUGGGAGCAGCAACAAGGUCCUUCCUGGCGUCCCCGAGUCGGCACCCGCUCUAGUGGAAGCGCCCUCGAAGCUGAAGACGCCGAGGAAGAAGCGGUCGUGGCAGUCGUGGUUCCGCCGACGCAGCACCAAAUCCAAGCCCCUCUUGGUGCGCUCGAUGGUCGACGAGACCAUCGAGCUGCUAGAACCGAGGUCGCCACGGGCCACCGACGAGAGCGAAAGCAACGACGCCAACAACGACGACGAGGACACGCCGGCGGUGCCACCAAACGACAUGCACGCGUGGGAAGGCUUUUCGUUCACGACCAACCGCCACUUGGAUGAGACGGUCGCCAAGCACCAGCGCUUUGCUGUUUACCGCAAGCUGCGCUACCUCAAGCAAGAGCUGUUUGCGGAUCUCGGCUUGGCCAAGGCGUCGACGCUGCAGUUUUGGCUCAUGCUCUCCUUCCUUCUACUCGCUUUUUGGCUCCGCGUUUACGUCCACUACCUCGGGCAGUGGCUCUACCUCCGGUCAGCCAAUGUGCCCGUCUUCACGUUCGAGCCCGCGCUCACCACGUGUGUGCUCAAGUACAUUUGGAGCACCGUGCCGAGCGUCGUCGAGGUCGUCUGCAUCUGCGCCGGCGUCGUCUUCAACAUGCUCGCGUUUCUGCUGCUCAUGCUCGUUGCGUACGUUUGUCAGCGCGUCCUUGGCGACUUUCCCGAGCUCGGCUCCCGCUUCAUCGCGUGCUUUGGCCUCGGCACGGUUUUGGACCCGGCGCUCAUCUUCCUCGUGGACCUCCUCUCGCACAACUAUGCCUGCGCCAACCUCCCCGAGUGCGUUGACCCGUCCUCGGCCCUCUGCACGUGUGCCGAAGGCGACGCGUUCAAGCUCUAUGCGCGCUACGUGCUCUCGGAAGGCACGGGUAUCGUCGGCGCCGUCUUGACGCUGCUCCUCUACGGCAUCCUCAUGAGCCUCGCUGCCGUGCUCUUUUACACCUACCUCCUCCACUUGCACAUGAACGGCCGCAUGUUGGACGUCUACCGCCGCGUGCACGCGCGCCAAGGCACGUUCUUCGUACCCCACGACUUUGAGGUCUCGGCCGCCGAGGUGCGCAAGCUCUGCGACCGAGCAUCUCGGUGGAAGUCCAUGCACGGCGCCCAGCGCAAGACCGCCGUCUGCGAGUACGAGCUCCGCGACCCGCUGGACCCAACCUUUGUCGAGACCACCGUGCACAUUGCAAUCUUCACGCUGGAGCUCGACGGGUCGCGACAGCUGUACCGACACUUUAUCCAAAACCCCGACGGCGAGAUCCUCGAGGUUUUUGGCGCGCUCUCCGACAGCUUUGGCUCGCAGUACGCUUCGCUCGAGACGGCGCUUUUUCAGACGCAACCCGACGUGGCUACCCCGGGCUUGUUUGAUACUAUUGUAUAACGCGAUUCCAACCAAACGCCGCCGUCCCUUUGGCUAUGCGACGGCGUCCAAGACAGCGGCUCCGAGCUCG